CCCUAUCAAACGAUUUACUCUUGUUGAAUAUUGUCAUAUUCUUUUCAGUCAAUUUCAUUGGGAGUUUCCGUCUACUUUGCUUCAAAGCAUACUUGUACUCAUUAUAUUUCACCAUGUCGCCUCCCGGUACCGGCAGCGAGAACUAUAUGGUGAUCGCAUCAGGGUUAAUCAAUAAUGCCCCAUUUCUAGCCGAUUGGCAACAAUUCAAAGACUUUCUUCGAAGGAUUGUUGAAUACCAGCCAGGCUGGACUGAGGUCUUGCAAGGCCCACGCAAAGGAGAGAAACAGGGGUGGUGCCGAAUUGACAGGAGAGAUGAUGCAGAAACGGCAUAUGAGGAAUUUGCUUCCAAGAGGGGCAUACUGGUCCAUCUGUUCAAGACUUCACGUACAAAUGAGGAGUACCGUAUGCUGAAGUGCAACUGCUGGCCCCAUUUCCCCGACAUGUCGGAGCAUGGACACUCGCCUCAUCGGUCUGGUAUCAAUGUUGGCGGCGUCAAUCAGUACGUCGCCAGUGUUCGUGGUGCGGCAACACCUCGGUGUGUGGCACCCACCGCAUCCAUGUACACGUUUCCGACAUAUUCACAAGCUCCACUGUACAACACAUAUUCCACACAUGCAAAUUAUCCGGUGCACACCGUGGCAGCUCCUAUGGGAGCACAACAUAUGCCAAUGUACUCGGCGACUGCGAGCGGUAUUCCAGUAAAUGUCCGGCAUGGUGCCAUGAUCACAGAAGCGCGUGGCAUCUUCCUCAGCAACUUGAACUAUUCUGUGAAACCAUCGGAUCUCAACACCUUACUACAGACAGUGGGACGGCCUGUCGAAUCAAAGCUUCAUAGAGACACCAGGACCGGGACCUUCAGAGGCAACGCUACAGCCAAAUUCACAACCAAGGAGGAGGCUAUGUUUGCCGUAGCUCACCUGAACAACCGAGAGCACAUGGGCAUGAACAUCAAGGUUCGCCUUGAUACGGAUGCAACCGUAGUGGCCCAGGUUCAGGCGCCUGUCAUUGUCAAUGGCAGUGUUUCUGGGGCAUGAUAAAUCGAGCCCAAUCGAAUCUAUGCGGAAGGCAUCUGCCAACACGCGUUAUACUUAUGAGAGGUCUUGAUGACGGCACGAAUCCCAUGUGGCGUAUCCACUAAGUACACGGAUCCGCGUGCACGUCGGCACGUAAUAAUCGUUGGUCCACAAUAUCGGGUUUAGGGGUGCACGGAUUUCCUAUGUUAUACUUUCUUUUGGCAGCCUGUGUCAGAACCAAUCCUUUGGGAAUUGCAAUGGUGAUGGCUUCUUCGGAACCUGAAAC